AUGUCCCCUAAAAAGGAGAGUCAGUCUGAGGAGUCCAACUUGACGUCCCCUCGGAUCAGCAAGGGCUUGGCGCUUCUGCAAAGCAUGGCCAGCCGGGGCUCCCAGAACACAGAGAUGAAGCGGCCAAGAAACCAGAACGGCCUCAGCAAGUCAGCCCAGGCCAUCAGCAACUACUACCGAAAGACGUGGACAGGGUCCCUGCAGCCAACAGAAAGCCGGACCCCAGCAUCUGCAUCGCGGCGGCUGUCUCACUUUUGCUUCUGCCAGAGCCAGUCCAAGCGCCUUGCCUGUCCUGAUGGCUUUGCAUGCAAAAUAGAAGAACUGAGAAAAGCCUUUCUCGUGAGGCCUGGCUGCCCCCAGUUCAGCACCAGGGCCACAUCCAUGUCUCAUAUGGGUUCUGCCACCACGGUCGAUCUGCCAAGGGACACGUGCGUCAGCCCUGGGAGCUGGAAGUUAACUGAGGACCAGCUCCUGGACAGACGGGGCUCAGCCGUGAGUGUGGAUGGGCACCUCAUUCCAUUCAGUAAGAGUGCCUGUGAGCUAAAUUACCCACACCAGGAGAGCGAGCCUCCAUCUGUGAGUCCCUCCACCAGCAGCUCAGUCAGGAGGUCUCAGAAAACCAGGAUGCCCUGGUACAUCUCAGUCAUCCAUGAAAAGGAUCAGUCCCUGCUCAUGCUGGAAGGAGAGCUCCAGCGCCUCUCAGAGUUGGAGGCCCAGGUGCAGAAGAAAGACCAGGAGAUCUUGGCACUCCAGAAGGAGAGGGAGGCCCUGCAGGAGGCCCUGAGGAGCCUUCUCAAAAGCAAAGGCCCAGACACAGCUGGGCCCGCUAUAAGGAUGAUGCAAGAGGGAUAUGGCAGGAUGGAGCCCAGCAGGGAAAGGCAGACACAGCUGGAUGGCUUUCUGGAAGAAAAGAGCUCUGAGGGGUUACCUGAGGAGACUCUAAUCACCACCGUCAGGGGCAGGAUGGGCGGGAAGGGGACUGGGCAGGAGGGCAAUGAGGAGGGGCAAGAAGGAGCAGAAGAGGCGGAGGAGGAGGUGGUGGAGGAGGAGGAGGAGGAGGACCAGUACCCCAAGAGGGCAUACUGGCUGACUGAGUCCUUCGAGGAGGAGCUGAUAGCCCAGAUGGAAGAAUAUGAGCACAUGCUGGUGGAGUUUCAGACCGAGCUGGAUCUCACCAGGGCCAAGUACUCCCUUGCCACAGGGGCCAUCAUGUCCUUACAACGACAAGUGGACCUUCAAGAGUCUCAGCUGCAAAAGGUCAACACGGAAAACGAGUUAUUAGAGAAGGAACUACGGGAACGAAAGCGGCAGAUACAGGCCAUGACUGACAAGUUCUCCAGCCUCCGGGAGGAAAAGAAACAGCAGGAGAUAAUGGGGCUCAUUGAGAAGGAGAACCUUGGCCUCCGACAGCAAGUGUCAGACUUGGAGAGAGACCUCACCAGGCGUGAUGAGACCAUCACAGACCUGCACACCAAAGUCACUGAGCUGCGGGCUCAGGUCAACCUGAGCGAGAAUCACUUGCAACGAUGGAAGCAGUUGCAUAAUGAUCUUCAAGGCAGGAAUGAGACGAUCCAGCAGAUGGAACAGCAGACGCGUGUGAUCCUGGAGAACUCCCAGGCCAGGCUCGAGAAGCUACGGAACAAGAUCAUUCAGGCCGCCUUCACUGUCGUCAGCGGGGCCAAGAACUUGGCCACGGAGAUCUCUGACAACUGCAUCCUGGAUGUUCUGCAGAGGAUCAUCUCAGAGAGAAGUGAUUUCUACAAUCAGCUGAAGCAGAAAGGUGUGAAGGUACCUCCACUGCAGCAGUCUGACAUCUCCCUGCCUACCAAGGCCAAGAAGGUAUCUCCUAAGUAGGCCCAGCCACAGCCUCGGGAUGGCCUGCCCUGCAGAGGCCAGGGCCCUGCUGGGGAAACCACGCUGUGUAACCUGCUCUAUGACAGAAUUAAACCCUGGUGUUGCUCCUUGUUUCCUCUUCUUUCCUGGUACCCACAAGGCCUCAUUUUCUACCGCCUGAACUACCCAGACAGGCUCCAGUCCACAGCUCCCUCACUUGGGCC